UUAGGCACCAGUGUCCAGCACCAGUGUCCAGCACCAGUGUCCAGCACCAGUGUCCCUCACCAGUGUCCUGCACCAGUGUCCCAUGCCAGUGUCCAGCAUCAUUGUCCCACACCAGUGUCCUACACCAGUGUUCAGCACAAUUGGUGUUUACAGUAUCAGUACUGUAGUAAACAUACCAUGCUGACACCUAGUGUCACCACACCGAAGAAAAUGAUGAAAGUCCUGAGAUCAACUAAUGUCAGCACCAAGUUUACUAAGGCAUCCUACACUGUCUAAAAUACUGAGUACAACUGCUGUCAGCACCAAGUUUAAUGAAGUAUAUUAUACUGUCUGAAAUACUGAGUACAACAAUUAAUAUAGGAUAACAUAAGAAAAACCUUCGCUGUAGACCGUAAUAAAUGUGAGACAAUAUAGAGAGGAGUACAAAAUGUGAACUACUGUAAGUAUAUUGUGUGAAGUACAGUAAGUAUAUUGUUUUGUUAAGUACAAUAAGUCUAUUGUUAUGUAAAGUACAGUAAGUCUAUUGUUAUGUGAAGUACAGUAAAUCUAUUGUUGUAUGAAGUACAGUAAGUCUAUUGUAUGAAGUACAUUAGUGCAUAACAUACAAAAAUUACUGAUUUAUUUAGUGCUAAAAACUUGAAAUAAAUCAAAGGCAACAUGAAAGUAAUGAAGAAACUCCAUCAGUGUUCUGUUUGUGGUGAAGUUUUUUUAACUAAUUCUAAACUCUUGAGACAUAGUGUUACUCAUACAAGAGAGAAGCCUUAUCAUUGUUCAGUGUGUCUGAAAGACUUUGUUAAAAAAUCCUCACUAAAUCAACAUCAGAUAGUUCAUACAGGAGAAAAGCCAUAUCAUUGUCCAGUGUGUCUGAAAGACUUUACUACAAAAUUCUCACUAAAACAACAUGAGAGAAUUCAUACUGGAGAGAAACCAUUUCAGUGUUUAGUGUGUCUGAAAGACUUUGCUAAAAAAUCCUCACUAAAUCAACAUCAGAUAGUUCAUACAGGAGAGAAGCCAUAUCAUUGUCCAGUGUGUCUGAAAGACUUUACUUUUAAAUCUUCACUAAAACAACAUGAGAGAGUUCAUACAGGAGAGAAACCAUUUCAGUGUUUAGUGUGUCUGAAAGGCUUUGCUAGAAAAUCCUUACUAAAUAUACAUGAAAGAUUUCAUUCAGGAGAGAAACCAUUUCAUUGUUCAGAAUGUUUAAAAGAUUUCAGUGAUAAAUCCUCACUAAACAAACAUCAGAGACUUCAUACAGGAGAGAAACCAUUUCAAUGUUCAGUGUGUCUGAAAGACUUUGCUAAAAAAUCCUUACUAAAUAUACAUGAGAGAGUUCAUACAGGAGAGAAGCCUUAUCAUUGUUCAGUGUGUCUUAAAGACUUUUCUUAUAAAUCCUCACUAGACAAACAUGAGAGAGUUCAUACGGGAGAGAAACCAUUUCAGUGUUUAGUGUGUCUGAAAGCCUUUUCUAGAAAAUCCUUACUAAAUAUACAUGAGAGAGUUCAUACAGGAGAGAAGCCUUAUCAUUGUUCAGUGUGUCUGAAAGACUUUACUUAUAAAUUCUCACUAGACAAACAUGAGAGAGUUCAUACAGGAGAGAAGAACUAUCAGUGCUCAGUGUGUUCACAACAAUUUUCUGUAAAAUCUUCUCUAGUGAGACACAUGAAGACUCAUACAGAAGAAACAACACAUGAGUGUCCAGAGUGUCAGAAAGUAUUUUCAAGUGACUCUCUUUUAGUUAAGCACAUGACACUUCAUAAAGAACAUAAACCAUACAAGUGUUCAAGGUGUCUGGAAAAUUUUUCUCAUGAAGCUAACUUAGUAAAUCAUAUGAUAACUCACUCAUGAGAGAGAAUACAUAGCAAUGUGAAUGUUUGAAAAACUUCUUAAGAAAAUCUCGAUUUUGGAAAACCUCAGGAAAGUGUUUUCAUGUGUUUCCUAGUGGUCACCAGAGUGUACUGAGUUCAUCUGACUCAAAGGUGCAACAGGGUCAGGAACAGAUGUAGUUUUGCUGCUACAUGCUAUCAAAAUUACAAGCAUGAGCACAUACUCAGUAUGUCAGGAGCCAGGCAUGAUUGUUGGUCGACUGACAUUUUAAUUUUGAAUGACACCAGUUCUAGGAGCCCAGUAUGGAAAAUGGUGUGGAAAUUGGCAGACAGGUACUUCAGGUACUCACAUGAAUCAGUUCCAGUGCUCAACAUUGCUGGUGCAGAAUUGCCAGAUUAAACUGAUGUUGCAAUUUCUAAAGGAUGUCAUAAUCAUAUUUUCCUUGCACACACCUGUCUCCUGCUUUACAUCAUUCUAAAUUCCUUUUGGAAUUUACUUCUUUAUACUAUACCUCUUCUCAUUAAAAUAUAUGUUCUAUAUACCAUCCUUGAACUUGUAUCAGCAUUCUUUAAGUGUCAGCCUAUUACAGCUGGUCAUGAUGGUUUACAUGUUUUCAUGAAUAUGAUUAUAAUGAAUUACCCAAGCUGUACUGACUAAAAUUUUAUACAGUAGG